UUGUGAGUGAUCGAAGAAAGAGUUAUACAAACAUGUUUCAACGUUCUGUAAACUUUUACAUCGUUAUAUUAUGUUUGUAUAUCACGAAUAUAGACGGACAGGAAAAUAAUACAAAUAUAUCGCUUUCAGAGAUUUCAAGAAACAAGGAUGCAAGACACAACGUUUAUGAAACAGAUGGAUUUACUGAUAGCGUCAAAUCUGGACCUCUUCUGGUCAUUGAUAAAAAAAACAUAUUUAUUCCAAAUUUAAAUUACGACCCCGAAGACCAAGAUACGUAUUUUUGGGCAGGAGCAGGAGAACCAUCACCAAGUGGUGUAUUAGUUCCAGAUGAAAAUAACUCAAACAGUCCUUUGAAGAGCUAUCAAGGGCGAAAUAUUUACUUGCAGUUGCCGGAAAAUUUAAGUGCAGAUAAAAUAGACUACAUUUCCGUGUGGUCUAUCGAGAGGAAAAUAAGUUUAGGGCAUGUUAUGCUCUAUAAAAACCCUACGGUUAGGAGAAAAAUACCAGAUGCCUUAGGAUAUCAUAACAGAACUGAAGAUGGAAAAACAAUAUACCGAGCACCCUUCUGCUGUGAGGUGAAUGAAAUUUACAAUGAAGGUGGAACUUGUACUAAGGUGCCAGCAGAUCUGCCAUUUAACUUAUCGGUAUUCGAGAGCAAUGAAACAUUUGUAGAUUACGAAUCAGUCUUGGAAAAUGUCGAAAUCGUUCCUUACAAAUAUACGCUGGAAUGUACAGAACCUGGUUAUAUUCCACUUUCACUGAAUGAUACAUAUGGACUUGUGUAUAACAGUACUCUAUAUCUUUUAAAUGAACCAGGAACUUUUUCUCAUGGAUCAUUUUGUAUUGCAUAUGAUGGAGAACAACAAGUUGUUCACGUCUGCGUGUGGUAUGGUUUGAAGCCGAUGUGGUAUAAGCCCUUUUUAAUUAUUUCAACAAUUUGUUUCAUUAUAACUACUUUGGUGUAUAUUUUUGUUAUAAAAGAAAAAAAUGUGCACAGGAGAUGCUUUAUGGGAUAUUCAGUUUCCAUGAUAAUUGCAUUCUUUACUCUUGCAUGUCUCCAGGAGAAGAGUCCCGCUUGUGAUAGCUUAGGUGCAUUUUUUAUGUUGUCUCUGCUGAGUUCAUACGUAUGGUUUGCCUGUUUAUGUGUAGACCUAAUAUUUCUGGUUAAAACACCCAAGAGUGUACCAGAAGAUACCUCAAGAUUUUAUGUGUAUCUAUCCAUUUCUUUGGCCAUCCCUCUUUUAAUCUUAGGGGCUUCUAUUAUACCAGAUGGAACCCUUGAUGUACCACAGUCAUUUGUUAAGGAUUACUCUGGACCUAACUAUUGUCGUUUUAAAGGAGCUAACAACGAAACGUUUCUAAUCCCCAUUAGUUUACUAAUGUUACUAUCAGCAAUUGCUCUAGGUUACACUUGUUAUACUAUAAAUAAAAACGAUGACCCUGCAGAUUUUUCCUGGAUACAGAACAAGAGCCAAUUUAAAUUUCAGUUGAGGUCAUACUUCCUAGUUUGGGUAACAACAUUCAUAUGGUUAAUAGAAAUAGCAGCAAAUAUGCUAGUAGAGACUACUACUGCUCUCCUUGCAAUUCACUUAAUUGAAGCCUUGCAGGGAGUUUACGUAAUAACAAUUUUUGUGUUAAACAAAUACAUAAGAAAGGAAAUUUAUAACGUGAUAUGUAUGAAGAAACUUAAAAUAGAACAGCAACAGAAAUUUCAAGAUCUAUUAGAAACUCUUGAUAAACCAAAUGUAGCAGAUGAGGAAAAUGAUACAAGGUUCUAAGAUAUGUUCUCAAUUUAUUUUAUAUUUUAUUUCCCAUUUAACAUAUACAACACGUUAUUGUAUUCCACUAAAUUUAGUUUAGCUUUUUACAUUUUCAUGUAUUUAUUUCACAUUUCAUAUCAAUGUUCAAAAAAUGGCGUACACUUGAAAUAAAAAGAAAAUCGUUAAUCAUUUUGUAAUGUUUUAUCUUUUAUAACUGCUUUACCUGUACUUCACAAUUUUUUUAUGAUGUUUUCUUCCAUUUUCACUUUCAGAUAGUGCAACAAAUUUAGCUUUAUCGAUCGAUUUAUACAAACCAAUGCUUUUUUUAAACCAACGAAAUGAAUUUAAUUAAAUUCUGAAAAUGGUGUUAAAUUUUCAGUGGUUAUCACUCAAAUAUAGAAUAUACAGAGUGCCUCGAAAAGGGAGCAGUGUCUCCUAAAGGUAUUACAGCCUUUUAAAGUUAUUGUUUCAACAUAUCUGCCAAACUGUUUGGAAUAAAAAAGCAAUUAAAUUUAACACUAUUAUUAUGUUUAUCAUCUCAUGGUGACAA